AUUUUUGGAUUUAGUUUUUCAAGGUGACUGUCCUCUGAGAUUGUAUUGGAAUUCUCUCUUUAAUCUCUGAGGUUUAAUUUCAAGAAGCAAGAGUUCAUCCUUUUGAUGGGGGCAGAAGUACCAGAACAUCUUCUUGGUGAUUUUCAUGAAUAUUUGGUAUUACCAAGCAAUCAGACAUCAAACUCUAUUAGUGGAAAGAUUUAUGUUAUCGGAGGACCUGAAGAUCGAGAAACUCUAUCUAUUAGUGUCAAACUUUUCGAUAGGUCCACUGGUGAAUGGUUGAUUCCGCUCAUUUUGGGUAGAAAACCUCUUGCGUGUAAUCUCCACUCCGCCGUUCCUGUAAAUGAUGAUCGAAUAUUGGUUAUAAAGAGUGACUCUCCAUCAUAUGACUCUUUGUGGUUUCUUGAGGUGGACACUCAAUUUGUAAGAGAACAGAAGAAGGUUCUUGGCACUGAGGUUGUAGCUUGGAGUAAGGUGGUGAUCGAAGGUGACGAUGCUUUAAAACCGGUAGUAAUUAGUGGUCCCUCUGGGGUUGGUAAAGGCACAUUAAUUUCCAAACUGAUGAAGGAAUUCCCGUCAACUUUCGGGUUUUCUGUAAGCCACACAACCCGAAAGCCAAGAGAGAAGGAGAAGAAUGGAGUUCAUUAUCACUUCACGGAGCGGAGUCAAAUGGAAAAGGAUAUAAGAGAAGGAAGAUUCCUUGAAUCUGCUUUGGUCCAUGGAAAUCUUUAUGGAACUAGUAUAGAAGCUGUUGAAGCAGUUACAGAUUCCGGCAAGAGAUGCAUUUUAGAUAUCGAUGUGCAAGGCGCUAGAUCAGUGAGGUCUAGCUCUCUUGAAGCUAUAUUCAUCUUUAUAUGCCCACCAUCAUUCGAGGAACUUGAGAAGCGUCUCCGCGCACGGGGAACAGAGUCUGAGGAACAAGUUCAAAAGAGGCUUAGAAAUGCUAGAGCAGAGCUUGAACAAGGAAAAUUCCCGGGUCUCUUUGAUCAUUUGUUGGUGAAUGAUGACCUUGAAACUUGUUAUACUGAUCUUAAGAAAAUACUUUCAUUAGAUGGUACCUCUGAUGAUAUGCUUGAGCUGUCUGCAAAAGGUAUUAGAGUUCCGGAAUCACAUUCUGUAUCAGCAAGAGAUCAGAAGGUUAUCAUACAAUGUGGCGGUGACGAAGGAUUAGCUCGAACCAUAUAUGAAGUCGAUGUAUCUUCACUCGUCGGUGGAGCUCCUGGCAGAACAAGAGGACCAGAGUAUAAAUGUAUAAGCUGAGACGGUUUAUUCCCGACGAUACUAAUCUUCUGUGGUUCUACUAGUAGUUUUUAUAUGAAUGUGUUGGUUAAUGAAAACAAAGGUAUGCAUGAACUCUUAAAACAUUAAAAAGCAGUUCUGCAGGGAUGUUUGUCUACCAAUGAUUCCGUCUCAUCAAA